AUGCACAGAUCCUUCACCCCUCGUUCACCUAAGUCGGCCGAAGAACGACUCCCUCAACUUUAUCGAGGUUUGGUGGAUCAAGUGAAUGAUGGUUAUUUUCAGAAUGCCAUCAAGACGUGCAGAAAGAUACUCACUCUCGACCCCAAGUCUAGGGCAGGAUUUCAAACCCUUCUCUUUCUUCAUCUUCAAACCGACGAAUAUUCUGCCGCUUUAGACCUCGUCGUCUCGUAUCAGGACGAGUCAGAACUUCAAUUUGAACGUGCUUAUUGUCUCUAUCGCUUGCAUCGGGAGAGAGAAGCCUUGAAGGUGUUGGAAGCGAAAAUCGGAGAAAAGGGUAGACGGGAGUUGCAUCUUGAGGGCCAGAUCAGAUACAGAAUAGGCGAAUAUGAGAAAACUCGACAGAUUUAUGACGAGCUCUUGGCUGGAUGUUCACCUUCUUCCCCUGAACACCCAGACAUCCUCACAAACCUGGCUUCAACCGCUUCCCACCUGGACUUCCUUUCGCAUGAUUAUCACUCGGUCCUAGCAUCCACAUCCUUGUCGGAAGUCGACCUUGAAACCAACGUUCCCUCCCUGCCGGCUGGAUGGUCAACGGGUGGAGACAAAGUGGAGACAAAACCUGCAAUUGCCAAAAAUGUGGAAGGGAAGGAGAAGGCCAAGCAGAAGAAACGCAAACACAAACUGCCAAAAGGAGCAACGGAAGUUCGUCAGUUCACCGAAGAUCCUGAGAGAUGGAUACCACUCCGACAGCGUCAAUCAUACGCCGUAACGAUGAGCAAGAAGAAAGGGGCGAAAGAGUCGAUGGGGACUGGUUUCACACAGGGAAGUACCACUUCCCAGGGUCAUUCUGGAUCGGGUAACACGGGUGGUGGGAAGAAGAAGGGAAAGAAGAAAUGA